AUGCUCGGCUACGUCGUCUUGAUAUGCUUGGCCCAGGUCGCGUAUGGAGCAUCUGGGCUGAGUUACAAUGGUCUCGUGCAAACACCACAAAUGGGCUGGGACACAUACAAUGCUUACGCACUGGAUUACAAUGAGACCACGAUUCUCACCAAUGCCGAUCGACUAGUUAGUCUGGGCUUUCGAGAUCUCGGCUACCGCGUUGUCAUCUUCGAUGAUGCCAUGACCGAGCGCAACCGCAGCGCCAACGGCUCGCUGAUCGAGAACCACACCAAAUUUCCUUCGGGCCUCCGCAGUAUUGCAGACAGACUGCAUGCUAGCGGACUAUAUUUCGGCGUCUACAGCUCUGCCGGCAGGUUCACCUGCGGCGGGUAUCCUGGAAGUCUGGGCUACGAAACCACCGAUGCUCAAUGGUGGGCCGGUCUAGGAGCUGACUACUUGAAGUACGACAACUGCUACAACGAGGGACUGUCGGGCACGCCCAAGCUGAGCCAGGAUCGGUACGCAUCGAUGUCGAACGCGCUCAACUCGACAGGGCGUCAGUUUGUGUAUUCUCUGUGCAACUGGGGGGACGACAAACCGUGGGAGUGGGCGUCGACCAUAGCCAACUCUGCGAGAAUCUCCGGCGACAUCCAGGACAGCUUCUCAAUGCCGACUUCAAGCUGCCCUUGUGGACCGGAAGAAUACUACUGCCAGCUGCCAGGGUACGGAUGCAGCGUGGUAAAUAUCCUCGGCAAGGCCAGCCACAUUACGAGCAAGAACCAGCCCGGCUAUUUUAAUGACUUGGACAUGAUCGAGGUGGGAAACGGCGGGAUGAGUUACGAUGAAUAUAAAGUCCAUUUCAGCAUGUGGGCAGCCAUUAAAAGCCCGCUGAUCCUGGGGAACAAGCUCGACCAGUUGAGUCCGCAGGACUACGCGUUGUUGAUCAACCCGGCCAUUCUGGCAAUCAGUCAGGAUCCAGCCGGAAGUGCUAUCCAAAGGCGCAUCAGGACAGAAGUCGACGAUAAAGACCAGUAUGGUUUUGGCGAGGUCCAAGUAUGGUCGGGUAGUCUGGCCAACGGUGACCAGGUGGUUGCGUUUCUCAAUGCCGGUAACGCCUCGCGCACAAUGCAGUAUUCACUCGUCGAUGUUUUUGGUGGGAUCAACACGAAUGAGAAUGCUCAAAAGGGUUGGGAUCUGUUCGAUGUCUGGGGCAAUCAAACUCUCAUGAGCAACGAGGUCGCUAGUCAAGUGCUCAAUGGUACGCUGGCGGUGGGAAAUGCCACGGGCUAUUACAAUGCGAGCGAUGCCAGUUGGGCACAGGGUCUCAAUCAGAGUAAUCCCCUCUUGUUCGGAACGCCAGUCGGCAGCGUCCAGGGAGGAGGGGUGCUUUCUGCUAAUGUCCCUAGGCAUGGUAUCCAGAUGUGGAGGUUACGUCCGCAAGAGGGAAUGAGGAAGAGGGAUGAAUUUUGA